GUUGGUGGUUCUGCCAGUUUGAGUCAAAGCGAGGCUGGAUUCCCGCGUCGUACCUGGAGCCUCUGGAUGGACCGGACGAGGCCGAGGAGGCUGAACCCAACUACGAAGGAGACGAGCACGUCACCAUCCAGGCCUACAAGGCGGAGCAGGACGACGAGAUUUCUUUGGAGGUCGGUGAAACUGUCGAGGUCAUCCACAAGCUACUGGACGGGUGGUGGGUCGUAAGGAAAGGAGACGAGACUGGAUAUUUCCCCUCCAUGUUCCUGUCGAAGGCCGGAAAGAGAGAGAGGUUGAACCCGGGUGGGCAUAAGCCCCCACCUCGCAGGUCUGUGCCUCAUCUUCAAAUACAUAAUGAGCUGCUUUCUGUUGCCAGGUCUGCAGUGCCUCCUCCAUUCUCACACCGGCAUUUGAUUGUGUAA